AUUAAUAUGCAAAUGACGCACUUAGCGUGAGGACGUUCUUCGCUUUAUAAAGCGCGCAGCCCCUUCCUCCUCGCUUCCUCUCAGCAUCAGUGCGAAGAAACAACACAAACCAGACUACACUGUCCAAUUACAGCUGAAGAUGGCCUCUACAAAGGAGAAGCUCAUCGCUCACGUGAGCAAGGAGGAGCCCGCGGGGCCCACUAACAAGGUGACGGUGGUGGGUGUGGGGAUGGUUGGGAUGGCUGCCGCCAUCAGCGUCCUCCUCAAGGAUCUGACUGAUGAACUCGCCCUAGUGGAUGUGAUGGAAGAUAAGCUGAAAGGAGAGGCUAUGGACCUGCAGCACGGAAGCCUCUUUCUCAAGACACACAAGAUAGUGGCAGAUAAAGACUACAGCGUGACCGCAAACUCCAAAGUGGUUGUUGUGACCGCUGGAGCCCGUCAGCAGGAGGGCGAGAGCCGCCUGAACCUCGUCCAGAGGAACGUCAACAUCUUCAAGUUCAUCAUCCCCAACAUCAUCAAGUACAGCCCCAACUGCAUCCUUCUGGUGGUCUCAAACCCAGUUGACAUCUUGACCUACGUGGCCUGGAAGUUGAGUGGUUUGCCCAGGAACCGUGUGAUCGGCAGCGGCACAAACCUGGACUCUGCUCGUUUCCGUCACCUGAUGGGAGAGAAGCUGGGCAUUCACCCAUCUAGCUGCCACGGUUGGGUCAUUGGAGAGCAUGGAGACUCCAGCGUUCCCGUGUGGAGCGGAGUCAAUGUGGCUGGAGUGUCCCUCCAGGGUCUGAACCCUGACAUGGGAACCGAUAAAGACAAGGAGGACUGGAAGAGCGUCCACAAGAUGGUGGUUGACAGUGCGUAUGAGGUUAUUAAGCUGAAAGGUUACACUUCCUGGGCUAUUGGUAUGUCUGUAGCUGACCUGUGUGAGAGCAUCUUGAAGAACCUACACAAGUGUCAUCCAGUUUCAACCUUGGUCAAGGGAAUGCAUGGUGUGAAUGAAGAGGUCUUCCUCAGCGUGCCUUGCAUCCUGGGUAACAGCGGCCUGACCGAUGUCGUCCACAUGACCCUCAAGCCAGAAGAGGAGAAACAGCUGGUGAAGAGCGCUGAGACCCUGUGGGGCGUUCAGAAGGAGCUGACCCUGUGAACCAUGGUCUCCUCAAAUGUAGCUGGUGUCACAAAUUACAAACCUUGAUGAGUCUUGCUUGUCUUUCUCUUGACCUCAUAAAUCUCAUUGCCUGUAACCAUCAGAUAUCUCCACGUGUCUCAGACCUUUAGAUUGUAACGCUCCUUAUUUUAGCUGCAGAGGAGAAAUGGUUUAUUCCUGUUGUCUUGACAAAGAUCAUCAGCCUUUGUAAAAGUUUGUGUCUGUGCAUACUAUUGUAUAUUUAACAAAGAAGCACUUGUGAACAAUAUGUGCAAUUUGAGUAUUUUAUUCCAUUCUGAGGUCAACUAGCAUUCCGUACUUGCAACAUGUAAAACCAAAGUUACAAAGUAUAAGUUUUAUGAAAUAUCAUGGUGUUUACAUGUACAAAAAAAAUAUAUAUAUACAAUAAAAAUCAGCUCCGAAAACUA